GAGAGGGAGGGAGGAUCGAUAACAGGCUGAGAAACAGAAACAGGAAGGUGUGUAUGUGUGUGUGUGUGUGUGUGUGUAUGACGGCAGCUGAACGACACACAACAGGCAAAGUGAGUUUUCUCAGCAACUCACUUCUUCUGGGAGUUUAUCCGUUGGGUUGCCUGUAGAUGUGUUGAGUGUGUGUGAGAGUAUGUGAGGGAGAGAGAGAGAGAGAGCGUGUGUGUGUGUGUGUGUGACAUGCCUGAAGAGGAAUAUUAGCAACAUGAGCAUCAACAUGGAUUCCCAGCACCGGGCAGCUCUGGAUAUCUCCACCAGGAACCCUCAGGAUGAUUUUGAGCUGCUGCUGAGAGUCGGAGGAGGAACCUACGGAGAAGUUUUUAAGGCACGUAACAAGCAGAAUGGGGAGCUGGCGGCCAUUAAGGUCAUCAAGAUGGAACCAGACGAUGAUUUUUCUAUCAUCCAGCAGGAAAUUGUCAUAGUGAGGAGCUGCAAACAUCCCAACAUAGUGGCUUAUUAUGGCAGCUACAUCCGAGCCAACAAACUGUGGAUCUGCAUGGAGUUCUGUGGAGGAGGCUCCCUGCAGGAUAUCUACCAUGUGACCGGUCCUCUGUCUGAGCCCCAGAUCGCCUACAUCUGCAGGGAGAUGCUGCAGGGUCUUGACUACCUGCAUGCACAGAAGAAAAUCCACAGAGACAUCAAGGGUGCCAACAUCCUCCUCAAUGAUCAGGGCGAGGUCAGGCUGGCUGACUUUGGGAUCUCGGCUCAGAUCACUGCCACUCUGGCCCGGCGGAUGUCCUUCAUCGGGACGCCAUAUUGGAUGGCGCCAGAGGUGGCGGCGGUGGAGAUCAAAGGCGGCUACAACGAGCUGUGUGACAUCUGGUCUGUGGGCAUCACAGCCAUCGAGCUGGCUGAGCUGCAGCCGCCCAUGUUUGAUGUCCACCCGCUGCGAGUCCUGUUCCUCAUGUCCAAGAGCGGCUACCAGCCUCCUAAACUGAAGGACAAGUCUAAAUGGUCCUCCAUGUUUUAUAACUUUGUAAAGGCCAUGUUGGUGAGGAACCCGAAGAAGAGACCCAGCGCCUCCAAGUUACUCACAAACAUGUUUUUGACCCAGCAAGGCCUGAACCAGGAGCUGACCCUGGACCUGCUGGAGAAGUAUCGCCACCCUGAGAAACACAAGCCCUGCCUGGUGACGGAGGACGACGAGAUGGAGGUGACAGGGUCUUUGAGGAGGAUCCAGUCCGUCAACAAGCACAACCAGGCCGAGAGGACCAACUCCGACAUCAGCUUGGAACAGAUUUACACUCGGAGGCCUGUGAAGAAAGAAUCACCAAACACAACAUUACGACCCUUGCUGGGAUCCAGAAGCAAGAGUCCAGUGAGGGACCAGGACACCGACUCGGACGACGACUAUGACGACGUUGAUAUCCCUACGAUGCAAGGCACCAGGCUCAUAAUGCCAACUAAUGAAACUCCACCUCCACUUCCUCCAAAGAACCAGAAAAGGAUUAAUUGCCAACCCAAAGCUCGGACCAGCUCAGAGGAAAGCAUCGCGGGGGAGGACGACCGGGCGAGGAAACCCUGCUCUCUGCAGGCCCCCGUCCCCCUCACCAGGACCUCCAGCGAGACGCAGGUCCGACCUACGCCCCGGCCACGACACUCACGGCACUCAGAUCCUGCGUCCUGCCCUGUCCAGCUAAAUGACAACCCUGCAGACAUGGUUCCUCCUGAGCUCCCCCCUAAAGGAAUUCGCAGGCGGCAGCCCACAUCCAAGGACCCUGCUGAUUGCAUCAGCCCCGUCAUGAAGAAACCUCCCGUGUACUUUAAAAAGAUCUUCCAUGGUUGCCCUCUUAAAAUAAACUGCUCCACCACCUGGGAGAACCCGGCUACCAAAGACCAGCAUCUGAUCCUGGGGGCGGAGGAAGGGAUUUACACCCUCACCCUCAACCUCAGCGGCACAGAGGCCACGAUGGAGCUGUUGUAUCCAGGGAAGUGUACCUGGGUCUACACCAUCCAUAACGUGCUCAUGUCUGUAUCAGGUAAAUCCUCCCAGCUUCACUCCCAUUCGCUGAAGGAGUUGUACGAUCAGGCGCGGAAAGACCAGAGGAUGGUUUCGACUCACAGAUUGUUACCAAGGAAAUGUGCGGUGACGUCUAAAGUACCCGAUACCAAAGGCUGCAAGACCUGCGCCGUCGCAGGAAACAUGCAGGGAGGCUGCGUGUUCCUGUGCUGUGGUCUGGAGUCCAGCGUGGUGCUGCUGCAGUGGUACGAGCCCAUGCACAAGUUCAUGCUCAUUAAGCAUUUUGACUUCCCGCUGCCCAACCCUCUGCGGGUGUUUGAGAUGGUGGCAGUGCCCCAGCAGGAGUACCCGCUGGUGUGUAUCGGGGUCUCUCGGGGGUACAUCCCCAACGUGCCUGUCACUGUGGAAUACAUCAACCUCAACUCCAACACAUCCUGGUUCACCAACUCUGGCCUGGAGAGACCUUGCCCAGAUGUAGUUCAAGUAAACCAGUUGGACAGCAGCUCCCUGCUCGUCCUCAUAGAGAGGUCAGUACAUAUAGUCGGUCUGGAGGGGGAGCUGAAGAGCAACAGGACACAUGAGAUCACCUUCUCUCACGAUGUUGAGUCUAUAGUGUAUUUUGAGGACACGCUGCUGUCAGUGUGGCGUCACGGCUGGCAGAGGAGAAGACAAAGUUUCACCGAGGUGCUGGAGGAAAUCACCGACCUGAGAAAGAUCUACAGACUGGUGCAGUCCGACAGGAUGGUCGUCUUGGAGACACGUCCGACCGAUGACCCGGUGGGGCUGUCCAACCUGUACGUCCUGGAAAUCGCUGAGAACUAUGUCAUGCUGCCCUGACUCUCCUGUCCGCUGGCACAGGGCAUCAUGGGAAACUCCCACUAAUGCCUCCAUGCAGAACUUUCAUCAUUACCUCUGAGGGAUCAUGGGACGCCACAGUGUUUAAUUUUCUAAUGGGAAAAGAGGAGAUAUGUCAGAAAGAAAUGAUGGCAGGAUGUUGUCAAAUCCAUGCUGACCCACGAGGAUUGUUGUGUUGUUGCUUCUAAUCUGGGCGAUUUCAACGUGCAAGAUCCAGAACGACCUCCAGUAUCCAGACACAUGAAGACACAGGAAGGUCCUCUCAUACUUAAGAGGAGCGUCUCAGUUGAUCACAGCAACAGCAGCCGCCUGCAGGGAUUGAAAAAUUUGGCUUCCAGACUAUGCCAUAUAUACAAGCAUGAAGGACUGGAUGGACUGUAGUUUGUAACCUGGGUCUGUAUUUCACAUAUGCACACGUCUCACUGCUGUUACACUGUAAUAAAAUUAAUAAACAAAA